AUAAUAAUAACAACAACGACGACGACACACCGACGGUCGAAGUGAAUUGUCAGGAAGAGAGAGAAAAAGAAUACCCCGAGGCAUCGUGGCCGUGAUGAUUGUGAUGGCAGAGACGUGAAAGCGGUAGGCUGAGAUCGCGCCGGAGACUGAAGCAAGCAGGCAGGCAGGCGGGCGGGCGGGCAGCCAACCGACGGAGCUUUUACCUCCGACGCUAAUGUCGUUGCUACACUGAGUGCUGGGCUGGUAGCAGUAGCAGCCGCAGUAGUCGUAACAGAGGUGGUUGUGGUGACAACGUGGUGCUGGCCAAUAGAGGCAAACACGCGGUGCAGCAGCAGCAGCAGUGGUCAGGCUUUCCCUGCUGCCAACGUCUCCAUCGAUGAGGUGAGGAGGGCCGACGCCGGGUUGUUCUCGUUGUGCCGCCGCUACCGAAUCUGCUAUUCUAACCCGCUCUGUCUGUUUCGAGUCGUCGGACGCGUCGCGUAGACCUAGAGAUAGAUAGACAAACAUCAUGAACAUAAUCAGAGACGCACAGCAGUAACAGCAAUAGCCGUGUUGACAGUAACGGUGUUCGGAGAAGGUUAGAAUGAGCUGAACAAGCAACUAGCUGCUACGGCUACAGCCACAACUUCGAUUGGAAGCCAACUCCGUAUGGUCAUUAUCAACUAUUUUUGUUGGAACGAGCCGCUGAAACAAGCAAAGCGCCUCCGGCCACAUCAUCUUUAGUCACUGGCUAGUCGCGCUGGCGUCCUAUCGGCCUGCCCUUCUCAGCUGUAGAACUGCACAACCGGGUCGCUCACACCGCAGUCACGCGAAACGAAGACUGCAGACGACCGAUUAUAUCGUGCGCAGUGUUUCGCGUUGCAGCUUACUACGCUUACUGGUGAGAAAACAACUGUCGAACAGCAGACGUUACCGAGAACGACAGCUGCGCGACGAUCAGGUCAAUAAAACAGGCCAAGUUUUAACUAUAGCCACUAUUGUUUUCUCGUCGUCGUGUUUUCUUCCGAUAGCGACACCCAGUUGAUGUAAAUGUCUUGGUGUAAGUGCGUGCGUGGACUUUCUAGAUGCAAUGUGCUCUCCGCGUUUAGAAGCGAAAUUUUUAUUAAUCAUAUUGUGGUAGGAGGAUUUGUGAUAUUUCCUUUUUUCGGUGUCUUUCUUUAUUGUUCCUGCUACUGGAGUUUUUCUAUUUACGAUCUAUCCGCUUAGCACCAUACCAUAUUGGGAUCAAAUUUGGCUUUCCGAAGCCUAUAGGACGUGUGUGCCUGCAAGCCAGAUCGUUUGGCUAUUCGGUGUAACGCUCCUUCCAGGAUUACUCGGUACGGCGUGUCCUCUUUGUCUCAAUGUAUUUAAUUCCGCUUGCAUUGUCCAUAUCUAUUACACGUACUAUCUGCCGACAAUAGUUGCGUCUAUCAUAACAGCAUAUGACGUCUGAACGGAGCGGCCCCUUCGAACAGACAACACGUGUGACGCAUACAACAUUGGAUAGAACAGGCCACUACAUAAGGCCACAGCCGCAGGGAGGUAACGAGACGUGCUAAAUAAAAAGUUAAAAGCAAAUAGGUACCACGCUCAUAUCAUCAUCAUUACCAACGGCAGCAGCAGCAGCAGCGUUGCAGUCGUCGUAGUCGGGGAAACUGUACAACCUGCGGCACCCGCAGAGUAUUGAGCCGUCCAGCAGCAGUCGUCUGAAUCUGUAGAAAAUCUAUUCAUGUGCUUUUUAAGAAAUGCAAAAAUUGUAUGUGGGACGGUGUAAUGGUGAGACAGUCUUUAUUUCAAGUCGUGUUUAGUUAAGAGAAAAGGUUCGAUAUGAGUCACAAGGUUUGAGGUGCUCAGCCAAAACGGAUUGUGCGCGAGAUAGUGUGCGCCAGGAUACAAGUCACCUCGUGCAGCGCAACGACCGGUGACCCGUAUACCAUUUACGUUGAACUACUAAACUUUAUGGCGAGCUGAUCAAUUGUAGCUUAAUGUGCAGUUCGUAAUAAAAGUAGCUAGUGAAGGAGCACCCAGAUGCAGUGAAAUAUUUUCAUUCGUGGGCCAUUCUAAGUCUUGCAGGCGUUUUCUGACUAGAACAAGGUCUUUUCAGCAACUAGGAACAUACAGCGGAGUGAUGGUGGUAACGAUGGCAUCUGUAGUGGUAACCUAACGAUGUUCACGCCACCAGGGUGACAACGGCGUCAAAGAUGAUGGUGAUGACGAAUGAAAGCGCGCGUAGUUCGGGCACCGGUAGUUCGGCUGUCGAAGAGGAAAGGCUGUUGUUCGGCUGUUCGAGUACGGUCACCUCCUUUCAGAAGAUCACCGAAGAUGACUUCAGUAACCUUAAGUGCUAUGGAUACAAACGCAACCUGGCCAAGACCUUCGUUACGUGGCUGGGCAUCGUGUGUACACUGGGUCUCGCUCGACUCGUGUUUCAUUGGAAGCCUGACUGGAUGCUCCGAUGCACCCAUGAAGUAUGCCCACUAGCAGAAGCUACCAAAGUUCGCCUUGUAGAUCAGUACGACCAAAUUUUCGUUGAGGAUGUUCGUAUUAUUACACCAUACAGCGUACGCUUAAGUGAACUGUUCAACGAUUUUGAGGGAAACCUUGAAAAGGUUUGGGAUGAAGUAGGUGAUAUCGACACCCUUGUUCAGCUGGAACCGGGAGGAGGCUUGAGAUACACCGAUCGAUUGCGCCUUUUCGAGAAUAAGAAACGCAAGUUCCUCUGGGACGGGGACUUGCAAAAAUUCGUUCGACUGCACGGCCUAGAUCACAAUACGCCAUGCUCGUACAUAGUGAAGAACCGACAGGGCCUAACGUUGAAGGAGGAGAUCGUACGACGUGUUCUCUUUGGCAACAACCUUAUCGACGUCGAUGUACAAGGAGUAAUGUCGAUUCUCUUCAAAGAAGUUCUUGAGCCAUUCUAUAUGUUUCAGGUGUUCUCAGUCAUUAUUUGGUUUAUGGAUCAAUAUUAUUACUACGCUGCAUGUAUCAUCAUCAUCUCUGUAUUCUCCCUCUGUAUCGGCGUUCGUCAAAUUUACAAAAACCAAAGAGCCUUGAGAAAUACGGCCAUAGGCAAGGACAUCGUGUCGGUGAAACGCGUAAGGGCAAAAGGCGAAACUAUCGAACAGAUAUCCUCGGAACAUUUAGCGCCGGGUGACGUGAUAAUUAUACCUCGCCACGGCUGUAUGAUGCACGUUGACGCUGUACUUGUUACAGGGAGCUGCAUCGUAAACGAAUCGCUAUUAACUGGCGAAAGUGUACCUGUGGUAAAGACUGCCCUCGUUCAUUCGGGACCAAAUGAUUCGCUUUACCAUCCAAAAGAACAUUCAAAAUACACGAUCUUUAGUGGCACGAAGGUCAUUCAAACUCGUUACAUAGGCAAUGAAGAUGUUGAAGCCGUUGUCCUCCGUACCGGGUUUCUUACAGCCAAAGGUGAAUUAGUACGAUCCAUGCUGUUCCCGAAGCCUGUCGAUUUCCAGCUUGGUCAAGAUGUCAACAAGUUCCUUUAUGUUCUCGCAACGUUUGCUGGUCUUGGCUUGAUCUACACAAUUGUACUGAAGGUACAACGACAUGUUGCAGCGUUACAUAUCUUCAUUCGGUCAAUGGAUGUGCUUACGAUCACCAUUCCACCCGCGCUUCCGGCAACAAUGACAAUCGCAGGCAUCGUGUGCGCUCAGAGACGCCUGGCCAAAGCACUGAUUUACUGUAUUUCACCACGAUCCAUUAACAUCAGUGGAUGCAUCAACUGUUUUUGCUUCGACAAGACCGGAACGUUGACGGAAGAUGGGCUUGACCUUCUAGAAGUUCUUCCAACAGAUAAAAGAACCGCUAUUAGGGAUCCUUCAGCGCUGCCGUACGAUCAUCCACUACGGCUCUCAAUGGCAUGUUGUCAUACCUUGACAAAAAUUGAAGGCCAACUGACAGGAGAUCCGCUCGACCUCAAGAUGUUCGAGGCUACAAACUUCAUAUUCGAAGAACCGAAUGUCGACGAUACGAAUAAGUUCGAUAUGCUCACUCCAACCGUGGUUAGGCCGGCUGAGCUGGCGAGGGACGCGGCCGAAGCUGAUUUCAUUACAAAGUUCGGUGCUGCUGAUGGACCACCUCCGCCUUUCGAAGUUGGAAUCAUCCGAGAGCUCCCCUUCUCAUCUAGUCUUCAGCGUAUGUCUGUGAUAACACGAGUUCUUGGUCGGAAGAGUCUGACCGUGUACACAAAGGGAGCGCCCGAAAUCAUCGCGGGGAUGUGUCUUCCAGAGUCCAUCCCGGCGGACUUCCAGAAGGAGCUUUCAAAUUACACUGAAAAAGGAUACCGCGUCAUAGCGCUUGCCACCAAAGUGUUAAAUGCGAAUUUUGCUAAAGCGCAACGUUUACCUCGCGAAGAAAUCGAAUGUCAGCUUACGUUUACCGGCCUUCUAGUCAUGGAGAACCGAUUAAAACCGAAAACCACAGAGGUGAUCGACGAGCUGAAACGGGCGAAUAUCCGCUCAGUGAUGGUGACUGGCGAUAAUGUCUUCACCGCGCUGUCGGUUGCUCGUGAAUGUCACAUGAUCGAGCGCCAUCAAGAUGUAAUCAUCCUUCAGGCGUCCGUCAAUGCGGAGGACAAUGAUGCAACCCUCAGCUGGUAUUAUGCCGAUGUCCCGCAGAGUAUCAAACCAAUUACUGUCGGUAAUACUGUUCGCAUCCCGGUGUCAACGACGGAGUUCCAUAUCGUCGUCACUGGCAAGACGUUCUCUGCUCUGCGGCGCUUCUAUCCUGACCUUCUGCGUCGAGUGAUCGUGUGCGGGACCGUAUUCGCGCGUAUGGCCCCCGAGCAGAAACAACAGCUCAUUGAACUCCUGCAGGAAGUUGGCUACUACGUAGGGAUGUGCGGUGACGGAGCCAAUGACUGUGGAGCAUUGAAAGCUGCUCAUGCCGGAAUCUCUCUGUCCGAGACGGAGGCCUCAGUGGCGUCGCAGUUCACCUCCAAGAUAGCUGAUAUUUCUUGCGUGCCAAAGCUGAUCAUGGAGGGUCGCUCCGCAUUGGUGACUUCGUUUGCGGUACUUAAGUAUAUGGCGUGCUACUCAAUCACCCAGUACGCGUCCGUACUAAUACUGUAUACACUUUAUUCGAAUCUCACCGAUAAGGAGUUUCUCUUCAUCGAUCUGUUCCUGAUCAUGCCGAUAGCGACCCUCUUCGGUAAUACGCUUCCACGACAGGUGCUCUCUAAAACUCCCCCGCCCACAUCUGCAGCAGGCAUCGUCCCUGUGACGUCCAUUUCCAGUCAGAUUAUUCUUGGCUGCCUUCUUCAGCUUCUCUCUACCCUUCUCCUGCACCGCUAUUCAUGGUACAAAGAAAACGAUAAGGGCAAAACUGAUGAGGACGCUUUACUGUGCCAUGACAAUUACGCAGUAUUUUCUGUGAGCGUGUUUCAAUAUAUUACACUAGCAGUGAUUUUCUCUACCGGAUAUCCUCACAGACGACCAAUGUAUACGAACUAUUACCUGACGGCAACGCUGGCUGCUCUAGCGGCAGUCUCUCUCUACUUAGUGUUAUGGCCAGCAGAAAUAGUUCAAACGUUUUUCGAGCUGGAUCUUACCGUUGUUUCGAUGGACUUUCGAUUAAUCUGCGUCGGUCUCGGAAUGGGCCAUUUUGUGCUUGCAUACAUUAUCGAGACCCUAUUCGUGGGCCGUUGGCUAACUCGCUACAUAACGCGACGGAAUCUCAAAAGGAACCCACCCGAAUACAUCCAACUACAGCAAGAGGUUCGCAAUAACCCUGCAUCGUGGCUACCGCCUUCCACGCAGAACUCCAGUGACAGUCUCUGCACAGAUAGCAGCGCCCUCUCGCCGCAGGACAGCAGCAGCAAGCAGUGCAGCUUACCACAAGAAUUUACAAAAUUGUGACAUCGACAAAACAGUUGUCAGCAAACUCCGGAUAAAGUUUGGCCGGUUUGUGUUUUUACUAGUACUCAUACGAAUGUCAAGGUUGCAUCUAAUGGGGUGCACAUGUUCAACAAUACAGGGUUUAUAAUAACGGCCGUUAAAGCAGCGUUGACGGGAGGGAGUCGGUAGUCAUAUAUGCAAUUAUAACUGUUUCCGCCUAUUGCAUCUUCGAAAUGAAUACAAGUCGUGAGUUAGUUGACGUCCAGUCGUCAACCGAAAACCCCCUUUGAUCCCAUUUAGAUAGUGUGAAAUUAAGUGUAAUAUAAAGUUAAUGGUAAAAAUGCCGAUUAUUUUAUAAACAACCAAAGGGAAGUCAAUUGCAGACGCAAUUAAGAUCAGCGUACGUUGUUUUGCUUCGUAUAGCUAAAAAAAUCUGCCCAUGGACAUCUGUUACGAUCGAGCAAUGAGUUGUUGUCAUCAGUGUACAAUACGGCACGGGUCGAGUAUCAAUUUUAGGGCCUGAAUGAAUCAAGAUGAAUUUUGACUUUAGAAAGAACUACGAUGUCCCUGAGGUAUAUAGGGCUAUCUCAAUUUCACACGACAAUUGUAUAUUGCUCUAUAUAAUUAUUAUAGAUCAUAGAUAGAGUAUCGAUUUUAAGCAACGCUCGUUCUUGUUUAAACUUAAGAUCGUUAUAUAAUUGGAUAUUAUUUGCAUAUAAUAAAGUAUACUACAUACGUGUAUGCGUACAUUUACACACGCAUGCAAGCCCUUACGAAAGUUACUAUUAAGUCUCUAUUUAACACACAAGCACAAACGUGGUUUUACCACAAUUUAGGUUAGUCAAGAAAAAGAACAUAGCAUAAUAACAAGUUAUCUGAAGUGCUAAACACUGUUAACUGACGACGACGUUAUUACGCAUGUUAUUAUAUAAUAAACAUAAAAUGAUCAACCUUUCCGCCCUGACGCCGGCUCUAAACUUUGAGAAGCUCGGUUACUAUACGCUACCUGUAGAGAUUUCUUCCUAUGAAUCGAUUCAUCGUUAUCUAAUAUAACUAGGGAAAUGUAUAAGUUAUCGCGUUCUUUGGAUCUAGCUUUAAGCCAUAAAUAGCGGCAUAAAUAAAGAUUUCUAGCAAAAUAAUGUCACACAGAAUUCGGCAGUUAACAGAUCCCAUUCGGUGCUUCGGAGAACAGCGACUUAACUACAUUUAUAAUAUCUAAAUAACCUACGAUAUUUGACGUUAAAUAAAUGCUGUGGUCAUUUCUACUUACAAUUCAGACUGCCUCCAUAACCAUUUAGCAGCCGGUACCUCACUUCUUUUGUUACUAUUGUCGUUUAUGGAAUUUCACUUGUACUUAGAAUGAUUACCCCCCGCCCCCCAGUGUAACGUGGCAAUGUUCCAGCAAUAUUAUCAGAUGGUACCGACAAGGGAUGAAAAAGCCAGCAUCGCUGGGUGAUCGCGUGAGCUUCAGCUCCCCCAGUCCAGGGGAUUGUUUGUCAUAGACCAUUGCGUUACAGUCAUAUGGCUCCAUUGAGUAUGCCUGUUCCUAAGAAGCAAUCUGCCGUAGGUUACACUUAUCGGAGCUCAGGCAAAAAUGCCGCACGCUGCAUUCCCUCAACAAAAGAAAUUACGAAUUAAACUUACUUGCCUACUUGCUCGUUGGGUGAAAUCUCAGAUCGCACUCCGUCAAAUUUAGAAAAAAAGAUAACAGAUUUUUGAAGGACACUUUAUUGCUCUACGAUAGAAACAGCGGCAUAUUUGUAUUUAUAACUACUACUACUAGUACUACUACCACCACUACUACUACUACUACUACUACUACCACUAC